AAAAGGGAAAAAGAACACCACACCGACUUCCUGGUUAAGGAAUCCUUGGGCAAGAGAAACAACCACCAACCUGAGAAACAAAUAGCAAGCAAGCAAUAGGGACGAUGACGAUGAGGCUGUCUUCCAUAGCUUUGUGGCUCUCAUCCUUGUUGAUUCUCUCGACUGUGUCUUAUGUCUUUUCUGCACCUCGUUCGCUGCUUCAGAGAUUGUCCGAAAGCAACAAGUACUUGACCACUGAAGAGCUCUGGUUCAAUCAGAUUCUCGAUCACUAUUCUCCUCAUGAUCACCGUCAGUUUAAGCAGCGAUACUAUGAAUUUCUUGAGUAUUUCAGAGUUCCAGAUGGACCCAUUUUUUUGAAAAUUUGUGGUGAAUCUUCAUGCAAUGGCAUAGCCAAUGACUACCUCAAUGUUUUGGCUAAAAAGUUUGGAGCAGCCAUUGUUUCACUUGAGCAUCGUUAUUAUGGUAAAAGCACACCGUUCAAAUCUACUGAGACAAAGAAUUUGAGAUAUCUUUCAUCCAAGCAGGCGCUUUUUGACUUGGCUGUUUUCCGUCAGCAUUUUCAGGAAUCACUAAACUUGAAGCUCAAUAGAACAAAUGUGGAAAAUCCAUGGUUUGUUUUUGGAAUAUCGUACUCUGGAGCUCUCAGUGCAUGGUUUCGUCUUAAGUUUCCCCAUUUAACAUGUGGAAGUCUUGCAAGUUCUGCAGUUGUUCAUGCUGUUUACAACUUCACUGAAUUUGAUCAGCAGAUUGGUGAGUCAGCUGGUGCUGAAUGUAAAGCUGCAUUACAAGAAAGUACUCGACUUGUAGAAGAAAGGCUGGCAUCAAACAGAAAUGCAGUAAAAACAUUAUUUGAUGCAGCUCAGCUUGAAAUUGAUGGUGAUUUCCUGUAUUUCCUGGCAGAUGCAGCUGUUACAGCAUUUCAAUAUGGGAAUCCAGAUAAAUUAUGCUCCCCUCUUGUUGAAGCAAAGAAGGCUGGAAAGGAUUUAGUGGAAGCUUAUGCCAAAUAUGUUAAAGAGUGCUACAUGGGAAGUUUUGGCGUCAGUGUUCAAACAUAUAAUCAAAAAAAUUUGAAAGACACUGCUGUUACUGAAAAUAGUUCUGAUCGGUUAUGGUGGUUCCAAGUUUGCACUGAAGUUGCAUAUUUUCAAGUGGCACCCUCAAAUGACAGUAUUCGCUCCUCAAAAGUUGACACAAGAUACCAUUUGGACCUAUGUAAGAAUGUUUUUGGCGAAGGCAUAUAUCCUGAGGUUGAUGUAACAAAUAUAUACUAUGGGGGCACAAAAAUUGCAGGCUCCAAAAUUGUUUUUACAAAUGGUUCCCAAGAUCCUUGGCGUCAUGCAUCAAAGCAGUUUUCAUCUUCUGAUAUGCCUUCAUAUGUAAUCACAUGUCAUAAUUGUGGUCACGGUACUGAUAUGCGAGGAUGUCCCCAAGCUCCUUUGAGCCUUGAAGGUAAUGCCCAAAACUGUAGUUCUCCAGAAGCAGUUCACAAAGUAAGGCAGCAGGUCAUUGAACAAAUAGACUUAUGGCUGUCCGAGUGCCAUGCUAGCGGUAGGAGUUACAUAUGAUCCAGUUUAGAGCAGAGAUGCAUAAAGAUGUGAAUUGGUCAAUAAACUAACCUUGAUCUCAUGUAUUAUCUUCUCAACAGAUGUUAAGUAGCUCAUCUAUGAAGGAAUUCAAGCAGACUUGUGUAGUAGACUGCUUAGGUUUUGUUUGUGGCACUUGUCUGUUAUUUCCUAAAUAAAGGAAUUUGAUUAGACUUC